GGGGACCCUGCGUGCGCUCCGCGCGUGCGGGCCGCCGCCUCCCCAGGGAGCCCGGGAAGUCUCGGGAGGCGCCAGCGGGGUGGGAUGGCCCAGUGACCAAAUCCCUUUAUUUCACCCAAGCAGAGCCGCGGCGCGCUUCCAGUCCCGCUGACGUCCGUCCCGCCAGCCGCACCCAUGCUUCUGGCGCGAAUGAACCCACAGGUGCAGCCGGAGCUCAGCGGGGCCGACCCGGACUCCGAGGAGCCCCAGCGGGCGCGCAAAGGCGCGGAUCUGCUGGUGGUGAAGGAGCGCAACGGAGUCCAGUGCCUCCUGGCGUCCCGCGGCGGGGACAGCCCGCCCCGCGAGACCUGGAGCAAGAAGAUCGACUUCCUGCUGUCCGUGGUGGGCUUCUCCGUGGACCUGGCCAACGUGUGGCGCUUCCCCUACCUCUGCUACAAAAACGGCGGCGGUGCCUUCCUGAUCCCAUACACCCUGUUCCUCAUCAUCGCGGGGAUGCCCCUGUUCUACAUGGAGCUGGCUCUGGGCCAGUAUAACCGGGAAGGUGCAGCCACCGUCUGGAAGAUCUGCCCGUUUUUCAAAGGAGUUGGCUAUGCUGUGAUCCUCAUUGCCAUCUACGUUGGCUUCUACUACAACGUCAUCAUCGCUUGGUCACUGUACUACCUCUUCUCCUCCUUUACCUUCAACCUGCCCUGGACCGACUGUGGCCACGCCUGGAACAGCCCCAACUGCACCGAUCCCAAGCUCCUCAACAGCUCCGUGCUGGGCAACCACACCAAGUACUCCAAGUACAAGUUCACCCCGGCAGCAGAGUUUUAUGAGCGUGGAGUCCUGCAUCUCCAUGAGAGCAGCGGCAUCCAUGACAUUGGCCUGCCCCAGUGGCAGCUCUCUCUGUGCCUGCUGGUGGUUGUCAUCAUCCUGUUCUUUAGCCUCUGGAAAGGAGUGAAGACGUCAGGGAAGGUGGUGUGGAUCACGGCCACGCUGCCCUACCUCGUGCUGUUCGUGCUCCUGGUCCACGGCAUCACGCUGCCGGGCGCCGCCGACGGCAUCAGUGCCUACCUGCACAUCGACUUCCGCCGCCUCAAGGAGGCCACGGUGUGGAUUGAUGCUGCCACUCAGAUCUUUUUCUCCCUGGGAGCUGGGUUUGGUGUCUUGAUUGCCUUUGCCAGUUACAACAAGUUUGACAACAACUGCUACAGGGACGCCCUGCUCACCAGCACCAUCAACUGCGUCACCAGCUUCGUCUCUGGCUUCGCCAUCUUCUCCAUCCUCGGUUACAUGGCCCACGAGCACAAGGUCAACAUCGAGGACGUGGCCACUGAAGGAGCUGGCCUCGUCUUCAUCCUCUACCCAGAAGCCAUUUCUACUCUAUCGGGGUCCACAUUCUGGGCUGUGGUGUUCUUCAUCAUGCUGCUGGCUCUGGGCAUUGACAGCUCGAUGGGUGGCAUGGAGGCGGUCAUCACCGGCCUGGCCGAUGACUUCCAGGUCCUGAAGCGACACCGGAAGCUCUUCACCUUCGGGGUCACCUUUGGGACCUUCCUUCUGGCCCUGUUCUGCAUAACCAAGGGCGGGAUAUAUGUGCUGACACUGCUGGACACCUUCGCCGCGGGCACCUCCAUUCUGUUUGCUGUGCUCAUGGAAGCCAUCGGGGUCUCCUGGUUUUAUGGCGUGGACAGGUUCAGCCACGACAUCCAGCAGAUGAUGGGGUUCAAGCCGGGUCUGUACUGGAGACUGUGCUGGAAGUUUGUGAGCCCCGCCUUCCUCCUGUUUGUGGUGAUCGUGAGCAUCAUCAACUUCAAGCCUCUCACCUACGAUGACUACAUCUUCCCGCCCUGGGCCAACUGGGUCGGGUGGGGAGUGGCGCUCUCCUCCAUGGCCCUGGUGCCCGCCUACAUCCUCUACAAGUUCCUCAGCACGCGGGGCUCCCUCUGGGAGAGACUGGCCUAUGGCAUCACGCCAGAGAACGAGCAUCACCUGGUGGCCCAGAGGGACGUCAGGCAGUUCCAGCUGCAGCACUGGUUGGCCAUCUGAACCCCACCCUGAGGAGGAACCCCGCCGCCAACGUUCAGGGUCAAGGCACCUGCUCCACUCCUGCCCCGGACACGGUCUUGGGGUUCCUCUCCUGGAAGACAGUCUUCCCAAGCCCUCUUCCUCUUUCCCCAGUUACAAUGAUUUCGUGGUCUGGUUUCUAGUGACCUUCUGUUCAUCUGGCCAGGGCUGUGAGCCUGCAUGGGUGAGGCUCCAGGGAGGCAGGAGGAGAAGAGGGAACAGGAAAAGGACUUGAUGAACCUCUUUUGUUUGGGGGAUCUCACCCAAUCUGGGAGCCCGCCCACAGCGUGUGCUGGAACCCUACCACUUUUGCUUGUACUUUGGGCCA